AUGGAAAUUCACGAAUAACCAAUAAUAAAUUUGUUGUCUUUUUUACAUUUUCAAAAUCCAAUAGGAGAUUAUUGUAAGAAUAAAAAGUGAUUUAGUCUUAUCUGCAAAUGUUCCGGAUACAAUAUUUUAUGAGAAUUCGAUUCCAAAAUAAUGGUUUUUCAGUAAGAAAGCUUAGGUGAGAAUGAAAUCAAGAAUGAAAUUGGAUGACAAUUAUAUUCGCAGUUAUUUUUAAGGAUUAAAUCAAGAGAUAGUGGCAAUUUGGAGAACUAAAUAGGAAUUAUAAGUGUUUAAUAAGGAGAGAUUAACUAAGUUCUUUUAGGAAGAGGGUUAAAAAGAUGGGAUUUUAUAAAGGUUUAUAUAUCCAAAAGGUAAUAAGAAUUUUACUAUAAUAAUUUAAUGGAGUUAGAAUUAAACAUUAUUUGAAAGGUUUGAGAGUAACUUUAUGAUUGAUGAUAAGUCAAUAGAUAUUUAUUAAAGAGCAUUAACUCAUGAAAGAGAUGGAACUUUGGCUCAAUAAAUAAAUAGUAAAUUUUUAACAGAAAGACUUGAACAUUUUAGUGCAACAAUAGCAUCUCAUGGUAAUGAUUUAAUGAAAUGGAAAUCUAAAAUUAUUAGAAUGAUAUUAGAGGUUAAAAUAGAUAAUACUGGUUAAAUUUGGCUUACUAAUUGUUUUCAUAUAAAAUGGUCUACUUAAGAAUAAGUUCAUAUGAAAUCUUUAAGUCUUCCUUCUUUUAUUGAUUAAGAAAAGUUAAUUCUUAAAUAACACAAAAAUAUUCUUAAAGAUACAUAAUGUGAAAUGUGUGAUACUCUAUUUCAUAAAAAUGAUUUAAUGAAGACAUAUAUUAAAAACAUAAUUGAAAGUUGGAAUUUUGAUCAUAUGGGUGAUAAUGAUAAAUUAUUGGUAAAAAAGAAAAAACAAAUUCUUCUUAGAAAGAAAACUAUGGCUGAAAAAUUAGAUGUAAAAUAAGAUGUAGAAUUAAGAUAAGUGAAUUAAAACUAUUUAAUACCUUCUUUAAUUAGAAAGAUAUUUCCAAAAUUAAAAUAUAUUCAAUAUAAAGAAUUAUUAGGGAAUCCAGGAUUCUUAGAAAUGGAAUUUAAUGUUUGUUAUACAUGUCAUGUUUAAAUUGAUAAAGGAGUAAAUGUUUCAUAAGAUCUUAGUAAAUUAGCAAAAUAAGAAUUGUUAUGUCCAGCUACAUAUAAAGGAAUUCAAAAAUUAAGACCUGAAAUAUUAAAGGAACGUUUAAUUGUAUUAUUUUAUUUAAUAAAAGACUACAAGGAGAGAAAUAUUAAGAAAAAUAGCUAAUCAUGGUCAUCGAAAUGAAAGAAUAAAUGAGUAAAUUCCUCCAAUUUCAACAAGAAUGUUUAAUUCAACAAAUUCAAGUAGAAUAUUUGGUAUAUCACCUAUAAAAAGUAUGAUUACUUAAAUUUUGCCAAAAUAUUCUGUAAUAAGUUUGGAUACUAAGGUUAAUAAGAAUACUACAACAAGAACACAUUCAAGAAGAGUUAGUGAUUUAAAAUGUUAGUGA